CAUUGAUUUAGGAUCACAUUUUUAAUUUCCUUUUUAUGCUUAGCCUCUUACGUUGAUUUAUAUAUUAGGGUUUCUUAUUUGGGAACCUCGUUGAUAUUUGCCAAGGUUUUGGUGCUGCGAUUGCUGUCAAUGCUAACAUUAUUGUGCAUUGUUGCUUCAUUGAAGCUUUAAAUUUCUGAUAAGUUGAACCCUUUAGCGUUUCUGGGUUCUGCCAUUUUGUCACCUAUGUCGCAUGCUUGUAACUUACUUAGCGUUUGAUGCCUGGCCGCAUAGAUGGUAUUUAUGAUGGGUUUUUGGAUACCUUUGCUAUUCAUGGAUUUUUCUUUAUGUGCAAGGUUUCAGUUUUUUUUUCCUGUUCUGUUCUAUUCACGGCCUUUUCCCCAGUAGCUUCUUUCUCAUCCCUCAGAGCUGGCUUACUCGCCCGUAGUCAUUGUAUACAACUGAUUUAAAUGAAUGGGUACCAGAAAUGAGGUAUUAAUUGGACAGCGGAUCAAAGUAUGGUCCGCCUUUGAUAGCUGUUUCUAUUCAGGCACCGUGGAAGACUUUAACCCACAAAACAACACUCACAAGAUUACAUGUGAUAGUGGGGAAGUUGAAAUAUUAUGCUUGGACAGUGAGAGCUGGGAGACGAUAAGUAACUGUUCUUUGAUGGAGAGGUCUGGUCUCAAUAGUGUCAAAAACACAGUUGAUAAGUUAAGAAGUGAUGCCAGGCAAGAGUCUAAGACAAAAUAAAAUAUAGAGGAUAGUAAGGUUCCUUGCAGAGGGAAUUUAUCUGUUGCAUUUAUUAUCUAUUUUCCUUUUCUUUUUCUCCCUUGUAACUCUUGCCUGUUCUUUACAUGUGUCGGUCAUUAAAGGGCUUUUGUGAUAUUUUAAAUUUAUAGAAACGUUAUUUAAUUUUAUGAUUCAGAGAAGAAAAGAAAAGAGAGAUCCAAAAAUUCAUCAUCAGUAUCAGAAGUUAUGAAUAUAGAUGAAGAUGCUGUUGCAAGAAGAACACGGAGUAGGAAAGUAUGAAGUGGAAUCGGAAGGUGUAGUUAUUGAGGAAAGAGCAAAUGAAAUGGAAAUUGAAGACUUGAAAGGCAAGCUGCAAGUGAUGAAACAUUUUGGACAAGAUGAUGCAGCUGUACAGAAGAAGAUGGAAGAGAUGAAUAAUGAGUUGCAAGAGAAGAUUGAUGAUCUGCAAGAUCUGGAGUCAACAAAUAAAGCUCUUAUAUACAAAGAGCGUCAAAGCAAUGAUGAGCUACAUGAAGCAAGGAAAGUGCUAAUUCAGGGUUUGCCAGGAUUGUUGGGUAAUCGCACUAAUAUUGGAUUAAAGAGAAUGGGAGAGCUUGAUCCGAAGGCUUUUCAUGACACUUGUAAGUCGCGAUUUCCUCCUGAUGAAGCGGAAAUUCGGGCCACUACUCUAUGCUCAUCAUGGCAGGAGAACCUGAAGAAUCCAGAUUGGCAUCCAAUUUUCAGGAAAGCUAACAAAUCUAAAGCUGGAAUAGGGUGAAGAGAUUUAUAAUGCAGUGGUAACAGCUUUGAAAGAACUCUUAACUUAGUGUCCGUUUGUUUACAUGUAAAAGGUUUUACGGAAAAUAUUUUCUGCAUUUUCUUGUAUUUGUUUCACAGAAAAUAGAUUGGUCAACAGAAAAUGAGCCUUUUUCUUUGUAAAAUGACUUACCAUUUUGAAAAUAGUAAAGUUAUUUUCUGGAAAA